AUGUUCACCAACGGACUUUUGUCUUGGUUCUCCAAGGAAUCUCCUGCUCCCGAGGCAGUCUGGGAUGCCUCCACCGCAACUGUUCAAACCCAGCAGCCUACCAGCCCCAAGGCUCCCUCAACCGAUCAAAUUAUCACCGAGCAGCCUGUACGUGCGAUAUCAAGCGCCAAAGAUCGUACACAACUGAUGUCUUUUCCGCAGAAUUCUCACGAGAACAUGAUGAAGCUCCGCGGCGGUGGUGCCGGCGAUGUCUGCUGUGGCGUAUGCGCCGGUCUUCUCUGCUUCGAGUGUUGUGAAGAAUGUUGCUAA